ACCGUGGAGGGGAGCUCAUUCCAUAGCCGGAUGGUACGUGGCAAAAAAGAUCUCUGGAAACGCACUGUGGAUGACCGCAGUGGCUCCAGGUAGUAUGGAUGAACUCUACUCCGGUGGCGGGCGGUGCGAUGGUAAAAACGAGAUGCUGGUAUCAUCUCGAAAUUUAAAGCCAACCAAAGCUAUAAAAUAUACUAAAUAUGAAUAUAAUAAAUAUUGAGCCAAGAGUUUUACUACUGUUUUGGUACACCUAUAGUCCACGGGAAAGAUUUCUUAAAAUAUAUCUAAUAGCUGCGAACCCAUUUUGAAAAAUAUGUUAGUCGUAAAAAAUUUAUACUUCAAAAUUGUAAUUUAAUUAAUAAGCGAUUGAAUCCAAACUUUUUGUAUAUUAUUGGGUGUUGUAUGUGCUGUAUUAUUAUGUGUUAUAUUUAUAGCUUAGAUGGGUGGACAACGACGACGGCCUACCCGCUGUUAAGUGGUAACCGGAGCCCAUAGACAUCUACAACGUAAACGCCACCCACCUCGAGGCUUGAGUUGUAAGGUCUCAGUUUAAUAUACAACAGCUGCCCCACCCUUUAAAACGAAACGCAAUUACUGCUUCACGGCUGAAAUAAGUGGGAUGGUGGUACCUACCCGGGCGGACCCACCAGUAUUUAUAAUUGUAUGUAAAUUAAUUGCGUCGUAAAUAUUAAUAGUGCUAUCAUAAUUUCUUCUGGCAGAGCCUUUGAGCCCAUAACGGUUGUUUGUAUAGACUUGUCACAAAACAACCAUGUGUGAAAUUAUAAUUUCAAAGUUCCAUCUGAUGUCUCAAUUCCUGAUACUAGAAGCAUCAGAAGAAGAUAUAAGCAGUCAUGAUUGGACAGUUUUGUGUAAAUUUCAAGCAAACAGAUUUGACUGCACAAACGGCAAAGAGCUUUAUCGAAAGUUUUAUUAUGAUUUGAAAAUGGAGGACUGCAAAACAUUUAAUUUUGGUCAGUGUCCGAAUAGCAUGAAUCAUUUCGACACGUUAGAUGAUUGCCAAUCGACAUGUCGCGACCGCGGCCUUCGUCCAAUAGACUACAAUAUAUCAGCUAAAAUAUAUUGUCAAUUACAACCUGAUUUCGGAGAAUGCAACAGCUAUUACCCGAUGUGGUACUUCGACGUGAGUCAUCGAACCUGCCAUGGUUUUUCGUACAGUGGCUGUGGUGGGAACAAAAAUCGAUUUCCCGAUUCACAAACAUGCUCAACCACAUGCAUUACCGCUUUACAUCUUUAUUCUACUUUCUCUUGAUUUUAGAUGAUGAAUUAUUACAAUUUUAAUUGAAAAGUU